CAGAGGGGGAUGGGGGGAUGGUAGGCGACGCGAGACAGGGGACACCUCCAUCCCUCGCCGCGGCGCAGACACCCUAACCCCGGGGGCCCCCGCCCUGCGCGGCGCCGCCCUCCCCCCGCCAGCGCCUCGCGCACAUCCCGCCUCCCGCCGCCCGCCCCGCGCGCACGAUGCCCAGUCACCGCCGCGCCGCCGCCACCGCAGUCAGCCGCGCCACCGCCGCCGCCACCGCAGCGCGGCCGGCUGCGCGCUGACACAGGCGAGCGUGGCGAGGGCGCCGCCGGGAAGCCGCGCGCAGCUGUCCCCCGGUGUCCCGAGCUCCCGGAGCAGCCGGCUCCCAAGCCGAGGCCGCGUCGCCAACCUGCGGCCGCGGUCCCGCGCGCACGCGCGCGCACAAAGGCUCCGACGGCGACCGGCGCCCGAGGUGGCCUUGCGCGCGCCCUAGCUCAGCCCGGGGCACCAUGCCGCGGCGCCUGCAGCAGCGGGGCGCGGGCGCCAAGGGACCGCCAGCCCCUGCCUCCCGGCGCUCGCACUCCGCCUCCGCCCCCCGGAGCCCGCCGGCCACCGCCGCCAAGCCGCUGCUGCGCUGGGACGAGGUGCCCGACGACUUCGUGGAGUGCUUCAUCCUGUCCGGCUACCGGCGGCUGCCUUGCACGGCGCAGGAGUGCCUGGCCUCGGUGCUGAAGCCCACCAACGAGACGCUCAACUUCUGGACGCACUUCAUCCCGCUGCUGCUGUUCCUCAGCAAGUUCUGUCGCCUGUUCUUCCUGGGCGGCAGCGACGUGCCCUUCCACCACCCCUGGCUGCUGCCGCUGUGGUGCUAUGCGUCGGGAGUGCUGCUGACCUUCGCCAUGAGCUGCACGGCGCACGUGUUCAGCUGCCUGUCGCUGCGCCUGCGCGCCGCCUUCUUCUACCUGGACUACGCUUCCAUCAGCUACUACGGCUUUGGCAGCACCGUGGCCUACUACUACUACCUGCUGCCCAGCCUGAGCCUGCUGGACGCCAGGGUCAUGACGCCGUAUGUGCAGCAGCGCCUGGGCUGGCACGUGGACUGCACCCUCCUCAUCGCGGUCUACCGCGCGCUCGUGCUGCCCGUGGCCUUCGUGCUGGCCGUGGCCUGCACCGUGGCCUGCUGCAAGAGCCGCACUGACUGGUGCUCCUACCCCUUCGCCCUGCGCACCUUCGUCUUUGUCAUGCCUCUCAGCAUGGCCUGCCCCAUUAUGCUGGAGAGCUGGCUCUUCGACCUGCGAGGCGAGAACCCCACGCUCUUCGUGCACUUCUACCGCCGCUACUUCUGGCUGGUGGUGGCCGCCUUCUUCAACGUCAGCAAGAUCCCUGAGCGCAUCCAGCCGGGUCUCUUCGACAUCAUCGGCCACAGCCACCAACUCUUCCACAUCUUCACCUUCCUCAGCAUCUAUGACCAGGUGUACUACGUGGAAGAGGGCCUGCGCCAGUUCCUCCAGGCGUCCCCUGCCGCACCCACCUUCUCCGGCACGGUGGGCUACAUGCUGCUGCUGGUGGUUUGCCUGGGGCUGGUCAUCAGAAAGUUCCUGAACAACUCGGAAUUCUGCAGUAAAAAGUGAGCCUCCACCCGGGAGGAGGCUAUGGUUUGCCCACCUGUUUGCGUGGAGUUUCUGUUGUUAUUGUCGGUUUGUUUUCAAGUUUUGUUGUUUCCUUUGCUAGAGGAGGGUGCUGUAGACCAUAAGGAAAAAGGUCUUGGCUAGUUGGGGAUCCCCAGUCCACUGGCUUUGGAAGAGGAGAUAAGGAUGAAGAGGAAGGAAAGGGGCCCUCUGGGAAGAAAAUUAGGUAUUGUCUAUGAUAUCCAGGGAUUUUGCAAAGACACUGAAGAAAAUCACAGAACCCCAAGCAGUUGGCUUUCCUAACAGUCUUCUGUGCCCUUUAGUGAAUCCAGGCAGGUAUGCAGUAAAGAGGAUAAACACAAAUCCCUGGCUGCCCCCACCGCAGUCUAGAAAUGCCUGGAUUUGUCAAAAGAAUGGACCUUUCUGUGUUGAGAAAUGGGCACAAAGACACAAACCCAGGGCUUAACCCGCUAGACAAUGCAUGGAAUGUGAACAUAAGUUAAUUAUUUCAAAAUGUUUAUCAGAUGUUAUUUAAGUGAUAAUAUAUACAAUGAUCUUUUUUUCAUAAUUUAUCAAAGCCCAUGAGACGCGCUGAGUUUUCUCCGUCACGCAGUUCUGGUUUUGCAGCCUUCUACGUCGCACUCGUGAGCUGGACAUCAGGACAAGCUGCUUAAGCGCUCGACCACAUUUUUAAACAGUGUUUUCUGAAGGCCCGUGAGUGUCAUGAUAAAGCCGAAUGACUACUUAGGGACCCUGCUUAGACUAUUGGUGAGGCCCCAGUGGUUUGUAUAGGUCUCCAAUUCCUACUUACUUUAAUGUAGUCCACAAAACCCACUCUGGGUUUUUGUUUUUAUUUUUUUUUAAUCUUUUAAUCUGAUUCUUUCCUCUCUACUUAUUUAAGUUGCCACUAAAAUAAAUGUGCCUUUUGAAGCAAUGCCCAAAUGACUGGUCCUCAGACACUGUUCUUGUACCGGGAGAAUAGCGUAUUCUUACUACUUUCCUGCAGAUCAUGGUUGAACAGGAGGGAAGGAAGACGGGCUUGGUUUUAGGUUUGUAGUGGGAGCAGAAGUAGCUCAGAGGUGUACAGCGCAUAUGACUUCUGCAAGACUCAGCCCUCUAAUGUGGCUGAAGUUCCUGGUGCAACCAUAAGGAUGGGAGAGAGGACAGGAAUGCACGUGACCUUGCUUAACACUUAAAAGGCGAUCAGGAGUACGCGAGGCAGUUCUAUUAUGAAAGUCAGGAUCCUGCUACUUACUACUGAAAUUUCUGAGUUAAGACUCCAAUUGUCCAGUUAAACACCAAAGUCUCAUUUGAAUCCAGACUAUGGAAAUGAUUGGCAGCUAUUUCAGAAGCUUAGCAACAUGCCCCCAGACUCUUCCAAUGACUCUACUGGCCAGGGUUGUUAGACAUUUCUUAUACAUGUUAACCUGUCAUUAAAAUGGCAGCUCUUCAUCACAAACCACCGAGGUAGUGUAUAUUAAAUAUUCGUCACGCUUCUUGGUAAGCCCUUCUGGCUAAGAGCCAACCACAUUGGUGAAUGGGAGCCUCGGCUUCAUGGUAUAAUUUUAGGCAAACACAUGAGGUACAUGAGCGGUUACCUCAGUACUGGUCAGACGGUGCUCCUGAAAAGGUAGCUGUUUUGUUUAUGCUCUUAAUUGCUACUGUAUUUGUAAAUAGUGAAUCUUGGCACAAUUCCCUGGAGGAACCAAUGCCCUGUGUGUGUUCACGUGCACACACGAGUUAAAUUCCUAUGUGCGUAUUGACUUGAGGGCUUCUUAAACUCUACUGGGAUUUUAAAUACACUUUGCACAACCCUGUGAAUGUCAGCGUCUCAUCCUUUGCUGUGCACUUACCACAGAGACUGAACCUCAGCGACACUUAAUUCAGCACGUGUGAUCAAGGAUAACUGGAGAUCAGGACACAGCCACGUCGACUUACUUGCAUGUCACUGUUGUAAAGUCGCAAAGAACGUUCCUUUGUGAACUAGAGAAACAGGUUAAGGAGCAUUUUGUAGGGUUUGUUGUUGUUUUGCUUUUGUUGAAUGGGACCUCCUCCCCCGGCUGACACACACACUUUUAAAAGAGAGAGAGAGACAUCUGAAAGAAGCUGUGUGCGUGAGGACAGGAAGAAGGACCCAGAAUUUGCCAUUUUAGGCUUUGGCUGGAGGGCUUCCAGGUCCCCUCUUGCUCUGUGCCUUUGUCUUUAAGCAGAGGCCACUUGAGGAUGAAAUCAUGCCCGUAUCAUUUUCCAGUGAUUAUGAUGCAUGAGCCAACGAGAUGACCUGCUUUCCCAGGAAAGGUCUCCCCAUCCCCACCCCAUAUGCUCCAGGGAGAAGGAGGAUUCACUUCCCCCUCCUCCUGGCAUUUCCCUUCUCUGGGUUCCUUUCCUCCUCUUUAUGAGCCACGAGCAUUGGCGAUAGGGCAUUCUAAUUGAAAACAGCGGCUCAGCUUCCCUUCCUGUUUGCAGAUAGGUACUGCACACACCAUCAAGAUCGGGGAUGGCUUGACUCCGUGUGACCGGCUGGAUUAUAUUAUUCCUGCUGAGGCGGAUAACGCUGUUUUAGAGCAAAUAUUUACUCGGUCCCCGUUUGCACAGAGCUAACCAGGCUUGUUACACGUUUCAGGAGUAAUGUAGCCCUCAGAAUGAAUUUCUUUAAAAAAAAAUACUUUCCCAUGAUCUCCAUUUUGCCACAUCCAUUAAAUUCGGUUUUGUUUUUAUUACAUUUAACAGUUCCCAAUAUGUGACAAAUUAUAAAUAAGAAUUUCACUCUACUAUCUUCAUAUAAUCUAUUUGGCAGUAACAUUUUGAAGGACGUUAGGAAAUCCAUCUUAUUUUCACUUGUUAGUCACAAUCUAGGUGGCAUCUCCAGGAGUAACCCCUUGGAGUUAUGCCUGGGAAAUAACUGUCUGAUUCUGUGCCUGUUACUUCGUGGGUUGGUCCCAGGGCUGGCUAUAAGGUUUAGUUGGUUAGGGGGAGAGCCUUUUUUCCUACCCGUCUUGCCACUCAGGUGAAGAAGGUGACCUUCCAGAGAAAGGAAGUACAAGUCCUUCACGUCGUGACAGGCUUGUAAAAAUAAACAUGAUCUUUUCCCAGUGGCCAUCCACGUUCCAUAAAUAACCCAGGGAGAAAGUAUGGGGCUGCGUAACUGUCCAGAGUAGCCUUCGUCUGCUUCCAUUCAUAAACCCCACCUGUAAGUGCUUACAGUCAGAAAACCUCCUUUGUGUGUGGGAACCAUUGCUGAGAAUGUAAAAUUGGUAAAUGUUUCUGCUUGGUGAUGAGUCUGGGGGCUAACUCCAAUAAGUCAGGAUAAGCCAGGAUUGAUUCCUUCCUUCCUUCCUUCCUUCCUUCCUUCCUUCCUUCCUUCCUUCCUUCCUUCCUUCCUUCCUUCCUUCCUUCCUUCUUUUUUUGAGACAGGGUUUCUCUGUCCUGGAACUAGCUCUUGUAGACCAGGCUGAGCCUCGAACUCACAGAGCUCCACCUGCCUCUGCUUCCAAGUGCUGGGAUUAAAGGUGUGCGCCACCACCGCCUGGCUAGCCAGAAUUUCUUUAUCUUCAAAUCCCCCAGCUAAUGAAUUGGCACGAAGCUAUGGUAGACAGGUGUGGUGGAAGUUACUUCUCAAGGGUUUUCUCAUUGGCUGAAGGUGGCAGAAUUCAGUUUCCAAACUGUUAUUCGAAGGCAGGGAUGGUUGUGUGCUCAGUUGUGUCUCUUAGUCUGCAGGACUCUGGACUCUGUUACGUGGUCAAACAUACAGAUGCUAAUUGGAUCUACUGUAUAUAAUCUUGGAUAAAUAUAUCCAUCUAAUUGAAUAUUUAGUUUAGAAUAGAACAAAAGAAGAGAUGGCUACCUUUAAAAUUAGAUUAUAAAAUCUUAGAAUGUUACCAGCCACUGGAAUGGUUUUUCUCAUCUUGUUCUUCAUCUGCUAGGUUUGGCGUUGCUGACUCUGUUAUGGUCCUUUGACUUAUGUCCACCUUGUCUUUGUGAAAUCUCCCUAGUGAUUACUGAACAUCUAAUGUACGUGAGACAUUAAACAAGGAUCCGUGCCUCCAUCCAUAGUAUUACAAACGUGACCAGAGUUACAAGUUAGAGUUCUUUCCCCCAUUGGUAUAAGAUCAGUAUGCUAGAAUCUUAUUUUAAUUAACACAGUAAUUUAUCUGCAGCUUUUUUCUCUGUUCCUUAGGCUAAAGUAAAACAAACAAACAACAACAAAAAAAAAACACUUGAAACCUUAAUUUACCAUUCAGGUAUAAGAAGAAUGUGUGUAUGAAGAAUUUAGCAUUUAUCAUCACAGUAAUGAUAUUUCUAACGAUGAGCUACUGGAAGGUUUACAGCAUCUACACCGUUCUUAAGAGGGCUCCAUUCAAAGUGCCUAACAUAAGGUGUAACUGAGUGACUUUCAUAGACAGUGUGGUAAAAGCAAGACCCCUCACAGGCGUGAGUUUAAAUGCUUAAAUCUCCAGAAAGUUCCUAGCCUUUUCCUUCCUUCCUUCUACAGUUCUUUAGUGACAACUUUCAGAGAGCAUCUUGAAAACGAAAUCUUUUGUCAAAAGGGGGAUCAUACAUACAUACAUAUAUAUAUGUAUAUGACCAAAUAUGCAUAGGCGCUCGCGCGCGCUCGCGCACACACACACACACACACACACACACACACACACACACGGUUGGCAGAAGGUGUAGGUAAGAUGGAGUAGGAUUGGAUUCAAGCUGCCAGUAUGGGGCAGCCGCUCACCCAUGGACAGUGUUACCUGGUUUUAAAUGUUGUCCCCAGAAAAGUAUGUGGACUCGGAGGGUGUCGGUGUUCAAACAGGUGGCAAGGGAUCCUGUUUGGCAUCUUAAUAUCCUGUAACUUUUUACUCCAGCACUGAGUGCCAUGGGAUAUUUUGAGUAGUACGCUUAUCCCGUGGCUUAAUUUGUUUCCAUAAAAUUAGGGCAUAGGUCAAAAAGGCAUCAGGGCCCAAUUGUGAAGCACAUUUUGAGUCAUUUUCUUGAAGGAUUGCCAGUAUUUGUUAACAUGUAUUGCCAGACGAAAGCAAACAAGCGUCCCCUGAGAAAGGACGGUUGAACCAGGCAUUCAGGAUAUUCCUUUAUGAGGGGCCAUGAGCCUUCUUAUUGAAGUCUUGGGGUCUUUGAUACUGUUUUCCUUAAUUACAAAACAAUUAUCAGUCCUUACUAAUCAAGAAAACCUAACAUAAUUUUCUGUUGUCAUUCCCCAAAGAACAAACAUAUUGCCUUUCUGGUUUGUGAAUUUUUCACUCAUUUGUAGGCUGUUUGGGAUUUGCUUUGCUUUGUUUUAGCGUCUUAACACAGUCUGUGAGCCAGCUGCAGAACUGGAUGGUUUAGUUAUCGGUCAGGACCCAAAAUGCCCAUUUAUCUGGGAAUGGCGGCAGGGUGUGCCUUUUGGAAGCUCCGAGCACACACCUGUGUGCAACAAUACGCAGUUCCGACUUGGUGCAGAAAGAGAGCAGCCUCUUUCCGCUUUCGGAAACGCCUGCCCCCACCCAGUGUCAAGCUUCAGAAUGUAACACGGAAGCUUUGAUGCAUUUUGUUCCAAACAUGACACUCAAGGAAAUGUCUGGAGUGUGCAAAUUUAUUCUCGGAAGUGUAAGAGUGGCAGGUCGCCUUCCCCAUGCCUUACAACUCCACCCAAAAUAUGCAAUAGACAUUUGCACUCAAGGCAGAGUUGGGAGGAGUCCUCAGCUGGUUCUUUAGCUGAGCCAUAAAGGCCUUGCUUCUCAUGGGUUACCCCCCACACCGAGAUGGACACCAUGUCAGUAAACCCUGGUUCUGGGCAAAGUGUCGGGACACGCUUCUUUUGGUUCCAUUUCUAUUUAGAAAGUAUAGUUGUUGGUUUUUUUUUUUUUAACUUGCUGGAUGCAAAACAAGACAAUUCAUGGGAAAAAUUUUUUAAACACGUUUUAAUUUUAUAUUCCAAAGGUUUGUAAUAGCAAUUUGUUUGUUUAAAAAAGCAAAACAAAACAAAAAAACAGGCUUUAGCACAUGGAUGAGAACCAGGGCUUUUUCAAAAGCCUCAUCUUUGGGCAUUUAAUCAUUCUGAGCUCCUACCCAAAUGAUAAAGGCCUCUUGGAUCUUUCAAACUGUAAAUAUUCUGUAGUUUUCAAAAAAAGAUAACCAUUUUUUAAAAAAAGACAAAAAAGCGUCAGAUAGAUUCUAGGUGUAUAACAAGGCUAAACUUCUGGGUAGAAACGUCACUAAAUUCCCUCUCCUGAGAAGGCUCAGGAGUAGAGGCCUGUCUCUGCCCCGCUGGUUUCCUUUUCUGAUGAUGCAACCGAGCAACUGAAGGACGUGAGGCACGUUUCACGCAGAUGGAAUGCCGUCAUAGCAAAUCACAGCGCUAGGAUGCUCUGCCUGCUCACUUGCUUCUUCCCCAUCAAGCCCUAAGUCCCGUGUAUUGUUGCCUGGACAGGAAAGCUUCUCAUUUGGAGGCCUGUAGGAAGGAUUCUGUGGCAGCUUUUCCUUUUGCUUAGGCACGUGGUAGCUCUGAACUUGAAUCUUCAUUAACCUUUCCCAAGCUAUUCCAGCCACCUUUGAAGCCUUCGCUUUCCACAAAUCCAGCCUUGAAGACAUGGGUUCUUAAAAGGAUUCCCUGUGUAUUUAGGCAUUCAACCAUCUGCCUUAUGAGAGGGAUGCUCAAAGGGAUGCUGUCUGUCCUCACGUUCUUCAGGGCAGGGGCAGAGUGGGGGGAUUUAACAGACCAAAUAGAAAGGUUUCAUCUAUGGUUUUUAAAUUUCAUUUAAUGGUGACAGCAGAGGAAGACGGGAGUGAAGAAUAAUGUAGGCAUAAAGAAUCACUGCUUGUUAAAUUCUUAGGCCACCCUGACUCUGGUCCUCACCCCGAGCUGACUUAACUGGCUAGAGAGGCAUUCUCAGGAUGGAGGAGCUUCCAAGCUGGAUUCUAAGGUGGUCUCAAGCCCAUGGUCCAUUCAUGUCCAUUCCGACAGAAGACCGUUCCUUCAUCAUAAUUUCAGAUUUCCAGAAAAACGAGGCAAACUCAUCUAUAGAAAUAGAUACUGUUCUCGUCAAUUCUGUGCAUGUGACUGAACAAAUUGCCUUUCAUUUCUGUUGUAGAGUUCACUAUGAGUUUAACUUUUUGAGAAUUUGUUUGCUCCUGUCUUGAAUAUGAAAAAAAUCUGUGGAAAUGAUAAAACUAUGCAUUUUUUGCUGAAAAACAAAUGUAUGAAAUAAGAAUAAAUACUUUGUAAGCACA